UUUUUGUCUUUAGUAUAUUUCUUUUCACUUUUCUUAUUAAGUUGGGUUUCUAUUUAUUAUUUUACAUAUCACAAAAUAUACAUGUAUUUUACAAGUAUUUAUUCGAAAAACUUGUUUCUGUUUACAAAAAUCUAUUUUCUUUCGUGUUGCUUUGGAUUCCGAAUAUGGUCUGGGAGAGGGGGGGGGCAAUAGUAGCUUAUUCUGAAAAAUUCCGUCGACAUUUAUACAUUAUUUACCAAUAAUUUUCAGAUUUAUUUUUUAAUUAUCAAAUUAUUUUAAACAAAGAUAUGCCUUUUUCCAAUGAUCAAAUUGAGCAAUUAAAGGAGCACUAUCCAACGUUAAUACAAAAUGGGGGUAGUGGAUAUAUAACAAAUGAUGAAUUAAAUGGAGCUUUGAAAAUUCUUGGAAUUGAUGUACCUGGUUAUCAAGCCAGAGAUUUAUUAGAGCGUUAUAAUUCUGGAAAUAAACAAAUAAGUUAUGAUAAAUUUAUUAUUAUUUUUGAUGAAAUUGAUUCACAACGAAAUGCAGAAAUUUCGCGAUGGAAGAAUCGAAUUGGAAGUGUUACUGGGGCUUAUCAACUUCAGGGGAUGGCCGAACAUGGAGCCGAUGAAAUUGUUCAUACAAUUCGAGUUGAGGAAGAAUUGGCAUUUUCUAAUUGGAUAAAUAGUAGUCUGUCAGAGGAUUCUGAUUUGAAAUCACUUCUCCCAGUCAAUCCGGAGGGGGGCGAUCUUUACACGAAAAUUCGUGAUGGACUAAUUAUUUGGUAA